GCGGGCGUGUUUGACCGUUCAUAUGCGCGGGUAUGACCAUUCCUAGGACAAUAGCCCUACGGUAUAAGAAGACGGAGGAUGAGCGCUUGUUUUCCCCAGCAUUGUAUUUGCCACAUUCUCUGAGCCCAGCAGCAUUCUCCACCCCGUCUCAACAAGCGAACUCUAACCCGCCUCGCCAUGGACUUCAUCGCCUCCAACGUGCGCGCCCUCACCCGCCGCUCAGAAGACAAAGAGCCCGAGCGGGACUACUGGGUGGAGAUCCUGGGCGACGGCUGGUCGAGAAUCCUGCACGAGGUUGUGCAGGACUCGGGGAGCGAGGGCGGGAGCAGCUAUGCCACUGCGGACGACCACGCGUCGGAGGGCACGGACAAGAGCAAAGCCGCUGGCGCGAGCGACGCAGUCAAAGCUACUGCCAUGAGCGAUGCAGGCGAGGAAGCCCGCACGAGCCACGUCCGGGAGGCUGCGACGUGCAACACCCAGGACGAUGCCGACCAGUGGAGCAUAGUCGCCCGCGACGACGUGCCUCUGAUCCCCAACAGGAACGAAGGGCAGACCCCCCCAAAGCGCAACGUCCUGCGCAAGCCCAUGAACCGCAGCGCCGAGCGCAAGCCCACGGACAGCAGCGCCGAGUUCAAGGCCGCAGACCGCAGCGUUGAACGGGAGGCUGUCGACGGCAGCGUCCAGGCCACGCCUGUGGAACGCAACCCUGUCCACAAUGAGGUUCCACUCGAGCAGCGGAAUGUCAAGCGCAAGCCCUUGACCCGCAAUCCCGUGUACUAUGAGGUCCAUACCCACGUCAGAAAGUAUGAGUGCAAGUUCUGCAAAGCACCCUUCUCCAAUGCCGCUGCGCUCGUGCUACACUUCAAGCGGAAGCAUCACGACCAUUUUUUGAAGAUGAAGGAGAAGCUCAAAGCGCGUGAGGAGAGGUUGGAGAUGUUGGAAGAGCGCCACAAGAGGAAGGAGGAACGCGAGAAGAAGGCGGAGGAACGUAGGAUGAAGAAGGAGAAGAAGGGGAAGAAGGUGAGCGAGAAGCGGUCGCGGAAGGCGCUGAGGCGGGAGGCGAGGAGGGUGGCGACGGAGGAGAGGGACGUCUAGACUCGCAUGGUAGCAGGAGGUUGGAGUGGAUUGCAUUAUAACUCGCUAGUAAUUGCAUUGAGUUCAUGCCUGAAGGCGGAGGAUUGAGGGCGGCGAACGGGCGAUAGAUUCAACGAUGAUUGUGUAAGCACGGUACAGUCUAGUGCAGAUCGUGCUCGUGGUCGUAGGGCGGCUUAGUGUGCGCGGG